AUGCCUAUGUCAUUAGGACUUGGAAAUCGGGGGUGGCAGAAACGGGGCGCGGCGAUAGCACCCGCCGCCUCGCUAAUUAACGAAGUUCGACUCCGCGCCGUAAUCGGUGACGGCCUCGACGUAGAUAAGCGGCACAGCGAUUGGCCGAUCGGCCGUAACUUCGCGCGGUCCCGACUUCGAGAUUUACGGCGCGGCUCUCGCUACCCCCUCGGCCCUACCCAGCCCAGCCGCCGGGGAUUC